AUGGCCUCUUCAUCCGGAAACGACCUCCUCCCCGUGGGGAGACGGCUGCUCCCAUCUUUGCUUACCAGCCUUAGCCGCACCGCGCCUAAUACUCCAUUGGCAGUAUAUGCAACUUCGUCUGAUUUGACACAGUGGCGCCAUGUCUCUUAUUGCGAGUUUGAACGUGCGGUUGAUAAUGUUGCCUGGUGGCUGAAGGACCGCAUUGGCACCAGCUCUACGGCCGAGGUCAUUUCAUAUAUUGGCACGUCGGAUAUUCGGUAUAUGAUCUUUUGGGUUGCUGCCAUCAAAUGUGGUUUCUGUACACUCAAUCCCUCGCCACGCAACGCCACACCAGAACACGUUUACCUACUCGGUGAAACUAAGUGCAACAAAUUAUUCUUCACUGAUGACAUGAAGUAUAAGGUCUCUGAGAUUGAAGAUGUCCAAGAUUCGUUGCGCGUGUUCCAGGUCCCAGCCUUGGACGAUAUCAUGUCUGGUGGGAAUCGAGGCGCUUUCGGAUACGACCGGGCGUACGACGAUAUCUAUGACCAAGGAGCCAUAAUGUUCCACACCUCUGGCUCGACCGGGAUGCCAAAACCAAUUCCUCUCAAACACAGCUACUUUGCGGUUGUAGACAGCCUUAGGAUUAUUCCUCACCCGCCAGGACGCAAACCUGGCAACUGGACGGUGCUGACACAAGGCCGCUACAUCUACAGUGGAUUCCCGUUGUUCCACGUGGCCGGAGCAGUACUGAACUUUGCUUCGCAUCUUUUCCAGGGAACAACCACUGUUAUUCACCCGCCUGACCAUCCGCUGAUUGACGCAACGUUCUUGAAGGUGGCCAGCAUGUUUGACAUACAGUGCCUAUGGGCACCUCCGUCUUAUAUAGAAGACCUUGCGUCCUCCAAGAAAGCGCUGGAGAGGUUGGCCUCGGUCGAAUACGUCUUUAGCGGAGGCGGCCCUACCCCUAAAGCGGCUGGUGAUGCAGUAAACGCGGUGACGACGCUUGUCCAACUCAUGGGAAAUACCGAGAUGGCCGCCAUACCGACACUGAUUCAACGGGACUGGCUGUCCUUCGAAUGGAACCCUUAUUAUGGACUUGAGAUGGAGCCAACUGAGCAAGAAGGUGUUUACGAGGCAAUCCUACGUCGGGAUCCCAAAAAGGCCAACCUUCAUGCCAUCUUCCUCACGUUUCCGGAACUCAAAUUAUGGCGCACAAGAGAUCUGUUUACUCGCACGCCUGGGAGUGACAAGCUAUGGAGGUUCGCAGGCCGGACUGACGACGUCGUCGUCCUGUCCAACGGGGAGAAGUUCAACCCUAUCACCAUGCAGAUGCACAUCCAGAGCAGUCCUCUGGUCAAGGGUGUGCUAGUAGUUGGCCAAGGGCGGUUUCAGGUGGCGUUGCUAGUUGAACCCGAAGACGGCGUCUUCCACCACGACCGACCAGAAGAAUUCAUCGACGCCAUUUGGCCGACUGUGCAAGAGGCAAAUGACAUGUCAACCGCGACCGGUAUGGUUUUCAAGAACAUGAUUCUAGUUGCCACCCCUGGAAAACCCUUCGUCAGAGCUCCCAAGGGCACCAUCAUCCGUGGCCGUACCAUCGCGGCUUACGACGAGGAGAUUAGCGUCCUCUAUCAGGGUGCGGGCGACACGGCAGCAGUUGCACUACCCGAGCAAAUCAACGAGCAGACAAUGGAGGGCCUGGUGGAGGAGUGUUUGCAGACGUAUCUCAAAGACGAUAUUCUCGAUGUCGACGCUGAAUUCACCUCGUAUGGCGUUGAUUCUCUACAAACCUUGGGGCUAGCAAAGUCCUUGUCAGCGGUCAUAAAGCCUGCGGUUUCAUCCGACAGCGGGAUCUCUGCUUCAGACUUGAUUACUCCAAAGGUGAUUUACCAACAUCCAACAAUCCGGAAACUGAGCCGCUACCUUGUAAGGCUGCUUACCACGAGCGCCCCGGCUGUUGAUACUCGGACGCGGCGGGAAAAACUGUCGGAUCUGGCGAAUUCCUAUAGCCUCAGCUCCAAGAACGGUGUGUCAGCAAUGUCGUUCAGAUCUAAUCUAGGGAAACUCUGCGUCGUUCUGACUGGAACCACAAAAUCUCUGGGGACCUAUCUGCUCAGCAAACUCGUCUCCGAUGAUCGGGUUGCGCACGUGUAUUGCUUUAACAGGACAGCAGAUGCCCAUGAGCGCUCUCUCAAGAGCUUGAAAGACAAAGGCCUCAACUCGGAUUUGAGCAAAGUCGAGUUUCUGCACACCACUCUGGGAAGUGAACGGUUUGGCCUUGGGGCCGAUAAGUACCGGGAGCUGCUGGAAAAGGUCGAUGUCAUCGUCCACAACGCCUGGGCUGUCAACUUCCAGUACCCCGUGGAGUCAUUUAGCUCGCACAUAAACGCGGUUGCCCAUAUCGCCGAAUUUAGCAUACACAGCGCGCAUCACGCCCACGUCUACUUUGUCUCCACGAUCGGCACUGUGUCGGGUCGUUGGGAGGACUAUCAGCCCACCAGCAACGGCUUGGCCGGCGAGCGUAUCCCUGAAGAUACAGAACACAGUUUUGCCCCCAUUCCGCAGGGAUAUGCCGAGAGCAAGUACGUGAGCGAGAGAAUCCUCUGCAAAGCAGUGGAUGUAGGUGUGGAUGUCACCAUUGUCAGGGUAGGCCAGGUGGCCGGCCCGACGACGGCGGCAGGCAAGUGGAACGAGACAGACUGGCUGCCUCGCAUCCUCAGCACCAGCAAGCUCGUCGGCAAGAUCCCCACCACCAACAUGUACGGGGACGAUUUGGACUGGGUACCCGUGGACAAGGCGGCCCAGAUCUGCAUUGAGCUCUUGUUCAGCCGACUCUCGUCUCUCUAUGAGCACAAGUUGGGCGUUUACCACCUGGUCAACCCGCGAACGGUACAUUGGUCCGAGAUUGUGCCUACGAUUCAGGCAUACUUUAAACAAACAGGUGUCAUGGUAGAAGCGGUCGAGCUGGGUGCCUGGAUUGAUGCAGUGCGCAAAUACGGCCAGUCACAUGGAAGUACACCUGUGUCGGCGCUUUUGGAGGCCACAAGUAGCCUGCCCGACAGAAGUCCACUGGAUCAGACCAAUACCAUUGCGCAUAGUGAGACUAUGAAGCGGCUGACACCUGUGUCCCCAGAUCUUGUAGAAAACUGGUUGAAGCAAUGGAAUUUAUAA